AUGGGAAGGCUGGCCGUCACCGCCGCGGUGGCCGCAUGGGCUAUCCCGAUCGCCGCCUUGGUUGACUCCAUCGUGCCUGACCCCUACAUGGAUGAGAUAUUCCAUGUUCCCCAGGCGCAACACUAUUGCCGUGGAGAUUUCUUAACGUGGGAUCCCAUGAUCACCACCCCUCCUGGCCUGUACUACAUUUCUCUAGCAUAUCUUGCUUCCCUGUUUCCUGGUGCAUGGGCUAUUAAGGUAGCAGAGGCAUUUGACCCCCUUUGCACCACGGCACUUCUCCGGUCAACUAAUGUUAUAAUGGCAAUGGUCUGUGGUGUUCUUGUCCAUGACCUGCUUCUGUGUAUCAAGCCAGGAAUUGGCAAGAUGAAGGCAACUGCUUAUGCUAUUCUUGUAGCGUUGUAUCCUGUUCACUGGUUCUUUACCUUUCUGUAUUAUACUGAUGUCGCAUCAUUAGCUGCAGUUCUUGCGAUGUACCUGUCCUGCUUGAAGAAACGGUUUUGGGUCAGCGCACUGUUCGGUGCUCUCUCAAUACUUUUCCGGCAGACUAAUGUAAUAUGGAUGAUAUUUUUUGCUGCCAAUGGAGCCAUUGCAUAUGUGCAAGAUCUUUCUCUCAGUGACUGCCCUUCUGAUGAGAACAGUGAACCAACAGAUAAAUCAAGAGCAGAAGUGUCUGACAGGGAUAGCAAAGUCAGUGCUUUAGGUUUGAGAAGGCGGCGAACUAAUCACUCCAUAAGUAAGAGGGGAGUUGUUUCUGGAUCUACUAAAUCACACACGAGUUUUACGGAAGAACUAUUUGACAUCGGCUUCAAAAUAUGGAAUUCAAAGUGUAAAGUUUUAAUCACUUUUGCACCGUUCGCAAUAGUUCUGGUGACAUUUGGAGCAUUUAUAAUCUGGAAUGGUGGCAUAGUACUAGGUGCCAAGGAAGCUCAUGUUGUUUCACCACAUUUUGCACAGUUAUUGUACUUUGGUCUAGUGUCAGCUACUGCCCUCCUACCGUGGCAUUUUACUCCCGGACGAGUAUCAGACUUGUUCCACUGGUGUAGAAAGAACAAAACCUUUAGUUCUCUGGCAAUGCUGAUAGCUCUUGGUUUAAGCUUUGUGGCUAUACAUUUAUUCAGUAUUGCUCACCCUUAUCUUCUGGCUGACAAUAGACAUUACACGUUCUAUAUCUGGAGGAAGGUCAUACAAGCUCACUGGAUGAUGAAAUACAUUUUGAUUCCACUUUAUGUGUACUCAUGGUUUUCAGUUAUCAACAUCUUAGUUUUUCCUGAUCUUACAGGGAAAUCGCAGCCAAGAGUUUGGGUGGUGUCCUUUGUUUUCUCAGUUGCUCUAGUUCUCGUCCCUGCUCCGUUGGUUGAAUUUAGAUACUACACAAUCCCAUUGGUCGUACUGGUCCUUAAUUCUCCAGUAAUCGGUAAUGGCAAAUUGCUUGCUUUGGGGUCUGCAUAUGCUGCUGUGGAUUUGUUCACUCUGGCGAUGUUUCUGUUCAGACCAUUCCAUUGGGGCCAUGAGCCGGGAACACAAAGGUUCAUGUGGUAG